AGCGAGAAAGGAGGCGGGACCUGGCAGCGAUUUUAAAGCGAUGAAGACGGUCCAUCAGACGUCAAACUACGAAAGCGUUCUGUGUCGGUCUCGGGAGCAGCAAGCAGAGUAGAGAAGACUGACGUGACUGAUGUUGUUGUUUUCCCUGUGAGGCGGAAUGGAGCAAACACCUGAGCUGGUGGCACACAGAGGCUUCAACUUAAUCCGGGGAACUCAUGACCCUCACGAUGUGGACUGUAUUAGCAAACUGGAGAUGAGAGAUUCGGACGUCUUUGUCGUCACGUAUCCCAAAUCAGGGACAAUAUGGAUGCAGCAGAUCUUGCUGCUCCUGGAGGCCAAGGGAGAUGUGGCUGCCGUCAGCGCAGCAAAUAAGUCCUGCAAUGGUGAUGUCGUUUCCUGGAUUGAGGUCAUCGGCUCCAGAGAGGCGUUCAUGACUGCACCGUCACCCAGGCUGAGGGUCUCCCACCUUCCUUACCACCUCAUGCCCGUGGCCCUCACGCAGAAGAAGGGUAAGGUGAUCUACGUGGCGAGAAACCCCAAAGAUGUCCUGGUUUCUUACUACUACUUCCAUCAACUUGCAAACAUGCUGGAAACACCAAGAAGCUUUGAAGACUUCUUUGAGAAGUUCCUCCGAGGAGAUGUGUUCGGCUCCAGCUGGUUCCAGCACCUGAAGACUUGGUAUUCCCACAAGGACGACGUCAACAUGCUCUUCAUCACCUAUGAAGAAAUGAUUCAAGACCUGAACGCGGCGGUGAGGAGCAUUUCCACCUUCCUCGGCAAGGAGCUGACGGAGGAGCAGCUGGCCAGCGUGGUGAAGUACAGCACCUUCGGCAACAUGAGGAAGAUUCCUCAGGCCAACUACGAGCAGGUGUCGGAUGACAUGUUCAACCACCCCGUGGGGAAGUUCAUGAGGAAAGGAACCAUCGGUGACUGGAAGAACCACUUCACUGUGGCUCAGAACGACAUCUUUGAGCGGGUCUUCCAGAGCGAGAUGAAGGACUUCCCCGUGUCUUUCACGUGGGACAAGACAGACGUGGCGUGACCAGCCGUCCGUCUGCCGCAGGCUUUCCCGCCCUUCCGCCUUUUUUCUUGCCUCUUCUGCCAUGAAAAGCGUCUGAGGCCGUUCUUCCUGUUGUAUUACUGAUUCUUCAUACAAAUGUAAAAAAAACAAUAUUUACACUUUAAACAUGAAUGACUAUUUCCGUUUAGCCUGAAGCGUUUGAGUGUGUGUAGUCGUGUUUGGGAAAUGGACGUACAGUAAUCCCUCCUUCACGGCAGUGAAUUGAUUCCACACCCAACCCUGAUAAAUGAAUGUCAAGUAUGCCAAGUAUGAAUGGAGUAUUUUCAUCGGCACAGCAUAGAAACCCUGCUUACCACCUUCUAAAUACGCUUUUUAACAUUAUCAGAGCCCUCUAGACAUGAAAUAACACCCCUACAGUCAUGUUGACACUCCCGUUAACCAAUAUAGUAGACAUACAGUAAUGAGAAACUAAAACUUACAAGACAUAGAAAACCUCUUUACCACCUUCUAAAUGUGGUGUUUAACAUGAUUAGAACCCUGUAGACCUGAACUAACACCCCUAUAGUCACCUUUACACUCCUAUUACCCAAUAUAGUAGACAUACUGUAAGAGAAAAUAUGAGCUAUAAAACCUGUUUGCCACCUUCUAAAUGUGAUGAACAGAAUUAAGAGCCCUCCAGACGUGGAAUAACACCCCGCAGCCACCUUUACGCUCCUAUGACCCAAUAUAGCAGACAUAAGAGAAAAUAAGACAUAGAAAACCUGCUUACAAUCUUCUAAAUACAGGUUUUAACGUCAUUAGAGCCCUCUAGACAUGAAAUAACACCCCUAUAGUCACCUUUACACUCGUAUGAGCCAAUACAGUUGACAUAAGAGAAAAUAAGACAUGAAUGUGGUGUGUGUCAGUGUCCAUGUGAGCAAAACUGGGAUAGUAUAUUGUUUAUUAUUUCUGUGAUUUUUUUUUUUGCUAUUUUGAUCCACUGAGUAACAUGUCAAACCAGAGCAGGCCAUUUCUGCCAUGAAAAGGCGUGUGAAUGCCGAAGAGGCGAAGCGCAACUGGAACGCUGCACAGAAAAUGUGGGAUUUCUGUAAAAGCGUGAAUGUUUUGGGAUGUGGAAAAAUGUUAGUAUGAGCGUCUUCAGGUUGGAACGGCCGGAGAAAUGCACAACUUGUACAUUUUUUUUUUUCCACUGCUCUUCUUGUCACGGACAAUGUGAACUCACUGGGGCUGUCGGGUGAUUAAAAACGUUUAAUCUAAUCAACUGGUUUGUCACUGAAGGAUGUGCACGUGCACAGCCAGCAUUGCCAGCAAAUGGAACAUGGAUUCAACAUCAUGUGUGCUUAUAUUCCAACAGAUGCUCGUGUCUUCAAAAUAAAAAUAAAAAAUGGCGUCUG